AUGACAACUAAAUCAUUUGCAAAUGAUAAGUACUCAAUUUUAUUACCGACUUACAAUGAAGUUGAAAAUUUACCAAUAAUUAUAUGGCUUAUUGUCAAAUAUAUGGACGACUUUGGUUCGCCAUAUGAAAUAAUAAUUAUCGACGAUGGAUCACCGGAUGGUACUCUGGAGAUUGCUCAGAAAUUGCAAAAACUUUAUGGGGAAGAUAAAAUACUUCUGAGACCUCGAGAGAAAAAGCUAGGACUCGGUACUGCUUACAUUCAUGGUAUUAAACAUGCAACAGGAAAUUUUAUAAUAAUUAUGGAUGCUGAUUUGUCACACCAUCCUCAAUUUAUUCCGCCUAUGAUAGAGUUACAGAGGAAGAACAAUUACGAUAUUGUUACAGGAACUAGGUACAUAAAUGGUGGCGGAGUUUAUGGCUGGGAUUUCAAAAGAAAGCUCAUAAGUCGUGGUGCUAAUUUUAUUACUCAAAUCCUUCUAAGACCAGGAGUCAGUGAUUUAACUGGCAGCUUUAGACUGUACAAAAAAGAUGUUUUACAACGACUGAUCGAAUCCUGCGUAUCCAAAGGCUACGUAUUUCAAAUGGAGAUGAUAGUAAGAGCUCGUCAAUUUAGUUAUACAAUCGGCGAGGUUCCCAUAUCAUUUGUCGAUCGAGUAUACGGCGAAUCUAAACUGGGUGGCUCCGAAAUAAUCCAAUUUGUCAAAGGCCUUAUUGAAUUCAACGUCAUAUAUGCUUCAAGUGAAGAUGAAAGACAUUCCUGUCUUGAGUUAAACGUCCAUGGACCAACAGUGAGAGGAUGGCAGAGUGCUCGAAAAUGCGGGUAUCCCCAGGAAUUAAUUCUUCGCUUACAUGCACCGGCUAAAAUAACAAGGAUCCAAGUUUUAGCACACCAAUAUCUGAUACCGGAAAAAUUAGAAAUAUGGACGACUAAAGAAGAAAAUGCCUCUGUCAAUACGUCCUUCAACUAUUUAGGCUACAUAACGUUGUCAGACAAUGAAUCUACACUUUACAAAAGCCGUGAGCUGAAGAGCGUUGCACUUCCGGAGACGAAAGCCCUGUCAUUGAAGUUAAGGCUACACAAGCCUCACCAAAACACUCACAAUGUUCACGAGCAGGUUGGACUUAUUGCUAUAAAUAUUAUUGGUGAGCCUUGUACACAAGACGUAAAUAACCAAGAUGCUCCUUACAAUCCUCAUUACACGUCACCUUAUGAUGAUUUAGCUUUUGAAAUGUAUGUCGAUCGUGAAGUCGCUAAAAUAAUUCGGCAAAUGGAAAAUAAAAAAUUACAAGCUGCUGAAGCAGAAGAAAGAUUUGAAUAUGCGUCAAAAUUAAAAGUUGCUAUGGAAAUACUGAGAAAAGCAGGAGAAAGACUUGGCAAGUAUGAGCUGGAAAAAAAGUACGCUAUUGCGUUGGAAGAUUACGAUAAAGCGAAAGCAAAAAAAGCUCAAGCGCAACACUAUAGGCAGGAGGUUUAUGAAAGCUUAGAAGUUAAUGAUUUACUCGAAGUCGAUGGGCCGUUAGAAAAAAAUAAUGUAUCAACGAUUGACGGCAAAGAGCCGGCUUCAAGUGACGCUGGGGCGUGUAGCAAUACAGCUGUACAAGAAGAUAUUUUGUCGCCACCUCGUUUGGUUGUUCCACCGAACCGUGAAGGAGCUCUUUCACCAACUGGUCCUCCGCAUCAGCCCCCAGUUUCUCCGCUGCAUCAAAAACCUCAUAGUCCAGAAAUUACUGAUAGUCCGCCGAAUGGUGUGUUAGAAAGACAAAUUAAUAGAAAUACUGGAUCAUUGAGACGAAAGACCAAAUCAGCGGGUCCUUCUUUGCGGUCUAGUUAUGAAGCUUAUGAAGAACGAACUAUUCCAGCUCUUCGACAUUCUCAUACUAAUGAAUUUACCCGAGAAUGUCACUUGGAAAGUGAAGUAAAAGUUAAUUCAAAAUUAAAUGAUCGAGAGAAGAAACAGGCUGCUUUACCAAUAACUGUCUUCGGAAUGGAGAUGGUGGAAAAAUUUUACUCCAAACAAUUUAUGGACAAAGAAGAAGGACUUAUGAUUCUGAAAGAAGAGCUAAAAAAAUUCGACCCUGAAGUUUCAAAGCAUUCGGCGAAUAAGACUGCGAGAGCUGCUAUUUUACUGUUGCAUCGCGCUCUCAGAGACAAAGUGUUCAGUGUAUAUAGCCUAGCUGCGCAAUUAAUAAGAAUUUUUUUCUCUGAGUUUGCCACCAAUAGAGUUUCUUCAACAGAGAUAGCUCGUAGUGUAGAUAGAUUGCUUCCUGAAUUGUUAACUAAGUCCGGCGACACAACACCGCGAAUUCAUAACAUGGCAGUACAUACAAUCUUGAGUAUGGCUGAUUGCCAGUGCGUCCGAGAGCUUCAUAUUAUUCCAGUCCAUUUAAGCCGCCCAAUACUGAGUAGUACACAUCAAAGAUUAGCAUUAAGUCGUUUAGAAAUGGUAGAGCAGUUAAUUCUCAAUCAUGGUAUUUCUACAGACAAGCAGAGUGGGUUAACGUGUCGCACACUAUCCGACCUUGGUUCUUCCGGAUUACUCCAUCCAGCAGAAGCUGUAAGAAAAGUUUCUGAAAGAAUUUUAGUCCUUGUUUAUAAAAUAAAUCCCAGGUUAGUUCGCAAACAACUUCCGCCUGAUGACGAUAUUACGAGAAGAAAUUUAUUGUAUCGUCAAUUGUACCACGAAUUUGAUCGGAUAGAUCUUCAGAGGAAAAAAGAAAUGGAAUCGACGCAAAAAUCAACAACUACUCCAACUUGUACCAAGUCCAUCGAUAAUAAUGUUACUAAUUCAACAAAAUCACCGUCUCGUGCAAGCCCAGUACAAAUUAGCACAGAAAGCUCAACAAGUGUCACGUCACCGUCGGAUAACAGCACCGAUCACAAAGGCGAUAAGUGUUGCAUAUUUUGUCUAUCAAAAGGCCAAGGAUAUUCUGAAGAAGGCCUAAAUAUACAUUACUGGCGCACUUGUCCAAUGCUGACACGAUGUGAAUUGUGUAAACAAGUGGUUGAAAUAUCGCAUCUAAAUUCUCACUUGUUGAGCGAAUGUGACCAAAGAAAUGAUUACGUAAAGUGCGAUACUUGCAAACAAGCUAUUGUCGAAAAAUCUUUUUCGGAGCAUUCGAAAGAUGACUCGUGCACGAGACCAGUUGAGGGAUACGAGCGAUGUCCACUAUGUAGGAUUUUGGUGAAUAAAAAUAAAUGGAAAGAUCAUUUGAUGGGAGAGAACCCAUGUCCAAAUAACCCAAGGAAUAAAAUCAACAAAACAUGCACAAAAUCGCCGUCAAAGUCACAAAAUUUGAGUGGAAAAAUAACCUCACCAACCGGGAGAGAUUACUAA